CUCGGGUCAUUGAGUCACCAGCCGGCAGAGGGUGAGGGCGUUCGUGUUCCCAGUGAGGCAAAAGUUGACGUCCACGCCUUGACCCACAUCUUUAAUUAGGCCCUGAGGUGAGAGGAGACAAGAGGCACCGAAGACUCCCCUCCAGCACAGCACACACACCGCAGCCAUGAGUGGCUACGUGGGAUACGGUGCGCCGCAGGGAGGCUACCCCGGCCAGGCCCCCUCCUAUGGGCCCCCAGGAAGCCAGGUCCCAGGGGGUUACCCCGGCCAGCAGCCCUAUGGAGCCUACACCGGGCAGCAGCCUCAACCUGGGGCAUAUCCAGGCCAGCAGCCACCCCCAGGGGCCUACCCAGGCCAGCAGCCACCCCCAGGGGCUUACCCAGGGCAGCAGCCUCCUUCUGGACCCUACCCGGGCCAGCAGCCACCCCCAGGGGCAUACCCAGGGCAGCCACAGGGGGGGUAUGCAGGACAGCAGCAAGCAGGCUACCCGAGCGUGGACCCGAAUGUUGCGUCGUGGUUCCGAGCGGUGGACCAGGACAACUCAGGCCACAUCAACGCCGCGGAGCUUCGUCAGGCGCUGCAGAACGGGAAUUGGUCGCAGUUUUCGUACGAGGCUUGUCGGCUCAUGAUAACCAUGUUUGACAGAGACAACACUGGCAACAUCAACAUCCAGGAGUUUGGGCAGCUCUUUACCUUCAUGAACCAAUGGACCGAGGUGUAUCGCCGGUAUGACAGCGACAACUCCGGCACCAUUGAUGAGAGCGAGAUGUCCACCGCGCUCCAGCAGAUGGGUUACCGCCUCAGCCCACAGUUCGUUGGGUUCCUGGUGGCCAAGUUCAACCCCCAGACUCGCCGCGUCACCCUCGACAACUUCAUCGUGGCCAACAUCCAGCUCAAGAACCUGACUGAGGCCUUCCGGAACCGCGACCGGGAGAUGAAGGGUGUCAUCUCCAUCUCCUACGAGGACUUUGUGAACAUGGCUUUCUCCUCGAUGACGUAGGGGGUGUAGAGUAGGGGAUGAAGGUGCGUGUUGUAGUGGUGGUUGUACGUGGGUGGUGAGGUGAGGUAUGGACUGACUGACUGACUGAUUAACUAACCUGCUAUUUGACUGAGUGACUGACUGGUUGGUUGACUGACUUGUCUUGCUGGUUGCCUGACUGAGUGAUUGACUAAUUUGCUAAGUAACUGAUUGACUGAUUGAUUUGCUGACUGACUGACUGGCUGACUAACUGACCAACUGAUUAGCUAAAUAACUGACUGUCUGACUGACCCAAUGAUUGACUGACUGACUGAUUAACUAACUAACUAACUAGGUGACUGAAUGACUAACUGACUGACCGACUGACUACCCUUCCUACUAACUGACUGAACUACUGAAUGACCGAGGAAAGACACAGACAAUAAAUAGAACAACGAACUCUUACUAACCAAAAAAAUCAAACUUCUCGAAACAAAUUAGCAAACAAAAAGAAGAAGAAAACAAAGCCUUCACUCAGGACAUUUCCAAAGCCUUGCCGCUGGGCCUCAAGAACAAUGCACCAAGUUACCAAAUCACUAACCUAUCGCAUGCCACAGAAGGUGUAUUGAAAGUACUUAGAGAUAUAUUGUUUACAUCCACAACUGAUAGGUUUUUAGAUCAUCAUAGUUAGCAUGCCACAGAGGAUAUAGUGCUGGGAGAUGUGCUGUAUGGACAUAGAAAUCACUAACUUGUCACAUGCCACAGAGAAUAUAGACAGAAAGUACUUAGAUGUAUUGUUUACAUCCACAACUGAUAGGUUUUUAGAUCAUCAUAGUUAGCAUGCCACAGAGGAUAUAGUGCUGAGAGAUGUGCGGUACGGACAUAGAAAUCACUAACUCGUCACAUGCCACAGAGAAUAUAGACAAAAAAUACUUAGAUAUAUUGUUUACAUCCACAACUGAUAGCUUUUUAGAUCAUCAUAGUCUCACAGCAUGCCACAGAGAAUCUAAUACCGAGAGAUGCGCUGUACGGAUUUAGAACUCAUAGGUUUUCGCAUCAUCACAGGCUAUUGCGUUUCACCGAGAGAGAUGAGAAGUACUUGGAGGUGUGCUGUAUAGAUUUAGAACCAGUGGCUUUUUGUAUCAUCACAGGCUAUUGGGUUUCACAGAGAAGAGAUUGAAAUGUACUUUGAGGUGUGCUGUAUACAUUUAGAACCAGUGGCUUUUUGUAUCAUAACAGGCUAUUGCGUUUCACAGAGAAGAGAUUGAAAUGUACUUUGAGGUGUGCUGUAUACAUUUAGAACCAGUAGCUUUUUGUAUCAUAACAGGCUAUUGGGUUUCACAGAGAGAGAUUGAGAAGUACUUAGAUGUUUUGUUUAGAUUUACAACCAGUUACCAGCUUUUCAAAUCACCACAAUAGGCUGUUUAACUAUACCUUUUUCAUGCUACAAAGAGAUUGAAAGCACUUUGGAGAUGGGCUGUAUAGAUUUAGAACCAAACACUGCUUUUCAAAUCAUCGUAAAUGUUUAAUCACUCUUGUUACGACACAGAGAAGAUUGAAAGUAUAGGGGCAGAAUCAUUAGCUGUCCAAAUCAUCAUAGGCUAUUUAAUUACUUUUCCUAUGACACAGAAUAGAUUAAAAGUAUACACGCAGAAUCAUUAGCUUUCCAAAUCAUCACAGGCUGUUUUAAUCACUCUUCUUACAACACAGAGUAGAUUGAAAGUAUAGGGGCAGAAUCAUUAGCUUUUCAAAUCAUCAUAGGCUGUCUAAGCACUUACGACAGAGUAGAUUGACAGUAUAGGGGCAGAAUCGUUAGCUUUUCAAAUCAUCAUAGGCUGUCUAAUCACUCUUCCUACGACCCAGAGUAGAUUGAAAGCAUAGAGACAGAAUCAUUAGCUGUCCAAAUCAUCAUAGACUAACUACUCUUCCUACGACACAGAGUAGAUUGAAAGUAUACACGCAGAAUCAUUAGCUUUUUAGAGUAUCAUAGGCUGUUCAGUUACUUUCUCAUGCCAUCAACACAGGCUGCCUUACAUACUGGCUCCUCCCAUUGGUCCAAAGCCAUACACUCACAGGCUGCCUUACUGACUACUCCCUCCUGUUAGCCUAUUGUCAUUUUCUGCUCUUCAGGGACUAGGGUGAAGUAGGGUAAUAUUGUAACACUUUCGUUCCUUCUUUCCCAAAUUGGUGUUUAGGUGCUGAGUCGUCAAGGGUUUAGGAUUUUUUUUUCUUUGCAGUAAGCAGUUCAAGGGCAAAAAAAGGAAACAAUAAUGAAUAAAAAAAAGCCCGCUACUCGCUGCUCCUACAAAAGAGUCAAGAGGAGUGGCCGAAAGAUAGGUCAAUAGGUCUUCUUGAAAUACUUGUUCUUCGCGAUUUUACGACUGGUUUCCGUGGCGUGUCGGAGGAAAUGUUAACUCGCGUGAUUUACGACUUGAUUUCCGUAGCUUAAUGUUGUGUAGCUGUGAAGGACUGCAUAAUUAUUUCCUCUCCUAAACUGACUGAGAAAAGCGCUUCCAUGUGUAACGUAUUAAAAUGUACUUAGUUUCGUUGAUUUUAGAAUGUGUAUUUGCGUAGCGUGAGGCGGCGAGCGUAACACUUAACACGAAAGCCGCCUCGAUCGCUCUACUAAUUAUCGAAAGGUGCUUGAUUGCCUUACUGAUUAAUAUGGUACUUAUAUUCUCCUUGAUUUUAUAACUUCACUUCAGUAGUCUAAGAUAACGACGGGUGAUUGUCAGUGUAAGGUGAAGGUGUCUUGUAUUUUAGCUCGUUAAAAAAACAGCCAUGAGUUUCCUCCUUGGCGGUUCAUUACAUAUAAGGUUUGUUUGACACGUCCUUCUCACCGUUCCCGUCGCUGCUCGUGUCAGGAAUUGAAUCACUCCGGGAAACUGAACUGAGCGAUGUGACGUCUGCUGAAGACCCGCACUGUGCUUCCCGCCUUGUUACGCACCGCACGGUUCAUCCCUUGACCGAGGCAAGAUGCAGGCGCUGUCCUGGGUCGCUAUUCUCAGAUGUUUCCACCUUCCACAUCAUCCAUUUCCAAAGGCCAAAAAAGGAGGUCAGUCAGGUUUUCAUGAGUGCUUUUUCACAAUCAUAGCAUAGAGGAAGAGUCAGACUACCACCAGGGCCAUUAAACUACCCCCGGAAAUCAACGUUGUCAUAUUGUCGUACUCGGCCCGUUAUUUUUACCGAUUUCUGAUCCCAAACUGUCCUAGGCCCCAUUAACGAGAUUCAUUCAUAGUUAUCGUUACAAUAGUUAAUUCCUGAUGUUUCUCGCCAAUAGUUAUACGUCAGAAACCGGUAAAUACUAUGCUCUGGGUACGAUAAUCUGGCAACGGUGCUGGAAAUGCCCAAAACUCCUACAAAAAGCAUGUCAAAUAUGUGUGCUGGGGAAUAUGGCCGCUGUUCUUGCUCCAACCACUGCCUAAUCACCUUUCCCACAUUGCAUUUUUCCCUCACUCGCUCAUCCUUGUGUAGCUUUAAGUGAGUAUUUUGUAUCAUGUCUGCUCCUGGGACCGAGGCUACAUCAGGAAGGAAGGCGAUGAAAUUGACGACUCUGGACCUUCAAGAUAAGCUGAGUCUUGUCAAGAAUGGAUGCUGGGGCUGCCAUGCAAUGUCUGCUUUGAGUUCGCUAUCAAACCCAGGACUCUCAACACCACCAAGAAGACUAUUCAUGCAUGUGCCGUUACCUUAAGAGGACCACAGCACAGGAUUAUAAGGGGGAUCGGGCCGACAAGCACAUGACCCUAGCCACCAGUGUUGUCAAGCGAUGCAAGGAGGAACUGACUGCUGCCGUGCCUGUUACGAGACCCCCAACACCUCCAUCGCCCACCCAAAGGCUUCCACAGUGCUUAGGUUAUGCUGCAUAGGCAUGGGAAGUGUUUUUCUUUUUAGUUUUGAAGGGGGCUAUUCCAGUACAUCUACUAUUAGACCAUUCUUUGAUCUUUGCUCUGACAACAGUUGACUUCUCUGCCUCGGCUCAGUUUUCUAGAGUGAAUAUAUUCCUAAGUAUUAACAGUAAUGGUGAGUCCUACCUGCAUAACAUAAUCCGAAGACCAAUGAUAUAUCAGAGUAUUAUAUAUAUAUGUGAGGAUUCAUGGAACUUAUAAUAAUUAAGGUCGAUUUCUUAAACAUUUUGCUGUAUUUUUUAAACUAAUGUUGUAGUGUUAGCGAGCUGGUUGUUUUGUUAUGUUGUGAGUUGUAAUAACCAUGUUGUGCACGGAAUGUUAUAAUUACGUGUGUAUUGUGAGGGUGUUGGUUUUGCUGUGCUUCCAGUUUUGCCCCAGCCAGCCAGCGGUCAGAUCAUAACUGGCUGUCAUGAAGUCCAGACACCAAUACAGUCAUGAUACACUUGUGAUUAUUCCUUGCAUAACAACCAACCGUGGCAGGAAGCCGGGCAGGAGAGCAAGGAAGUGGCCCGAGCCUCAAUGUUUACCCUCAUACCUCUCCUGUCCGGCUCGUUGGUUUUCGUUCGUUCCCAAAUUAAAUCAAGAUGGUGUGAAAGCGACAUUACCGCCCCCUUCCUGUUUAAGAUUAUUACUACAGAACUUUUAAUAAAAUUGUGCCUCAUUGUUGUACCAGACUGUCUGCUUUCAUGUUGCCAUUAAAUACUCACCUGUUAUUAAGCACAAAGGUUAUAGACCCCUCAUAUGACCUCAAACCAGUGUCAGUCAUCAAUAGAUAGCUUACCAAGUGCUCUGCCAGCACCGUGGGAUAGUAACCAUCUCUCAGGGGUCAUGACACAAGAAACAAACAAUAUAUUACUUUAUUUGAAGGCGCAUCAACAUCAGGUGAGAACAGAGUUGCCGCCACAUGGAGGCUGAUGAGUGUUACCUUGGGGCAGGAACACACCAUCAGGGCAGGGCAGGCACUGUGCUCUGUUUCCUUCAGUGAUGCAGUGUUUGUGUAGCAUCAGACUUGCUCAAGCAUAAUAAUCUUAGUGCCAGCCAGUCUCCUCUACACACACACUGCUGUUGUUGAAUGAUGGGUGGAUGUAGGGCAGGCACGGGGUAACCAAAGCCACAGAGUAGGAGAGUGGCCAGCUCCAUCACAGGCAUUGUGCUGUUAUCAAAAGAACCACACGAAAUUGAAACUGAUGCUGAUACAAGCGUGUUUUUGGCGCUGUGGGUGCUUUUUCGAGAUCCUGACAACAACUACAGCAC